AUGUCGAAUGUAGACCAAUUUUCCCUCAUAGGCAAAAUAGUUAUAAUAACUGGUGGAGGCUCAACAUUUUCACUCCAUUUAGCCAAGACUUUGCUGUCGAAAGGAGUGAAGGGCAUAACAUUAGCAGAUAAAACUGAUAAAGCUGAGCGUAUAAACAAUGAGCUAAGAGAACAUAUGGAUAAAGGCAUUAUCUUAUUUCUACAAAAAGAUGUUGCUUUACAAUCCGAUUUUGAAUCAAUUUUUAUUGAAACCUUAAAGAAAUUCAAAUACGUCGACGUACUAAUAAACAAUGCCUAUUUGUUCGACGAUUUUAACUGGGAAGAUGAAAUUCUAACUAAACUGCAUGGUACAAUCAACAGCAACUUGCUUGGAGUUGAAAACUAUCUGAUGAACAAUAAUUCAGGUGCAAAAGCUGUGAUUAUAAACAUGUCUUCAAUUUUUGGCCUGGAUCCUAUACCGUUCGCUCCAGUAAGCCACGGGGUGGAUGCGUGCCUUGUUCAACUGGCGAUGUCUUUUGGACACAAAACCAACUACAAAAGAACUAACGUCAAAGUAAUUGCAAUUUGUAUUGGUGUGCUGGAAUCGAAGAAAAAGAAAAGCGUUUCCCCUAUUAAUUUCAUAAAUGAAUUUUUUUAUAACACUUACAGAUCGACAAUAGAUAAACUUCCGGUUCAAAAGGAUGCUGAUAUAAUUGCUGGUGUAAUAGAAAAAAUUCAAUCUAGCCCCACAGGGAACGUUUGGUACACAUUAAAUGGUAUUGAUUUUAAAGUAUAUGAAUUUGAAAAACUUCCAUCAGCGGACUCACAAUAAUACAUUAUUAUAGACAUUAUUAUUUACAUUUAAUAUUGUUAUUGAGAAUACCUAUUAUAUAUUUCUAGUAAUUUA